AUGGUCACAGGACCGCGUGCACCUACUAAUCAUCUCGCAUAUAUCGAUGUAGACCAAGUCCGCGCGUCUCACUUGCUGAUCAAGCACAGCGGAUCACGUCGUCCUGCGUCGCGACUGUCGAACAACAUCACGCGAUCAAAGGAUGAAGCUAUUGCGCAGCUUGUCCAAUUGCGGGAACAGAUUGCGUCGAAUCAGGCCAAAUUCGAGGACCUGGCGACGCAGUACAGUGACUGCAGCAGCGGCACACGCGGUGGAGACCUCGGUCCGUUUGGCCGCGGUAUGAUGCAGAAACCCUUUGAGGAAGCCACGUUUGCACUGGCUGUGGGCCAGCUGAGCGACAUCGUCGACACGGACAGUGGAGUGCACAUUAUCCUGCGCACCGCGUAA